AUAACGUGCCUGCGGCCCUACGAGAGCCUCAAUACCCACGCCAGUUACUGUUCGCGGGUGGGAGGUGCAGGGCGCCGCCUCGGGUCUGAAAGUCUGCAGGAUGAUAGGAGUAACAUGGCUGCUGUUGGGUGCGGUGCUAGUCCUGUUAUGGGCAUACUCGUGGUGGAGACACAGAUUCUGGGCAACAAAAGGUGUGCCCACUCCGCCUGUGGUCCCAUUCAUCGGUCAUGCACAUAAAUUGCUUCUACCAGCUAAAUUGUGUGAAUUUGAGAGAGAGGCCUAUUUCAACUAUGGUGGAUCAAAGUUUUGCGGUUUGUACUCCUUCCACGAGCCAAUGUUAUUGGUGGGCGAUCCCGAAAUCAUGAGACACAUUUACGUGAAGGACUUUGACCACUUUAUGGACAGACGGACCUUUAACAUGCCGAGCAAGAAGGAUAGAGUAAUGGCCAACAUGUUGUCUAUGAAGACAGGUGAAGAGUGGAAAAAAUUGAGAGCCAUCAUGUCUCCCACUUUCACGUCUGGCAAAAUAAAGGGGAUGUUCCCGCUCGUGUGCAAGAAGGCCGACCAACUCGUCUCCUUUUGCCUCAAGGAAGCUCGCACCAAGCCCUUUGUCGACAUGAAGUAUAAUUUUGGCCGCUUCACCUUGGACACAAUCGCCUCCUGUGCCUUUGGUAUUGAAUGCAACUCACUAGUGGAUGAAAAGCCAGAAUUUGCUGAAAAGGUUGACACUUUUUUCAAAAUUACACCGGAAAGGAUAUGGAGAUUUGCUUUCCUGGGUGUAUUUCCUAAACUUGCCAAAAUGUUGGACAUGAGAUUUUCAGUACCAGCUACUGAUUUCUUUUCGGAAGUUGCCCGUGAGACCAUGCGAGCGCGGCAAAGUGGAAAUAAAAGGGGAGACUUUUUGGAUCUGUUGCUAGAAGCUGAAGUUUCCACUGGCGAUGCUGAAGGAAUCUCAGCAGUGCAGGACGACAAUAAAUCAUCCACGUCUAAGCAAACCCUGAAUGAACUGACCAUCAUCUCCCAAAGUGUCAUGUUCCUGCUUGCCGGUUACGAUACCACAGCCUCCACGCUGGCCUUUGUGUCCAUCCUGCUUGCCAAGCACCCAGAGAUUCAGCAACGCCUUCGUCAGGAGAUGAGUGAAAUGGUUGAGGAACACGGCGACAUAACCUACCAGGGGAUCAUGGAAGCCAAAUAUCUUGAUGCCUGUAUCAUGGAAACCCUUCGCCUGUACCCACCGGGGCUUUUCCUGGAGCGCAAGUGUGUGAAGGAAUACAAGAUCCCCGGCACGGACGUGACCAUCGAGCCUGGCAUGGUGGUGACAUGUCCACUCUUUCAAAUCCAUCGGGACCCGAAGUACUGGCCCGAGCCCGAGGUGUUCCGCCCCGAGCGCUUCCUGCCCGAGAACAAGGCGAACAUCACCCACCUCACGCACAUACCCUUCGGAAUCGGACCCAGGAACUGCUUAGCGAUGAGAUUCGCCCUCAUGGAAGCCAAAGUAGCCCUGGCCAAGAUGCUCCUUGCCUCGGACAUCAGGGUGGCACCCGGACACGAGGAGAUUAAGACUGACUUUGGCAUGGGUUUGCUCAGGCCAAAAGACGGGGUUAACCUUCUUCUGACUCCUUUGAAAGAAGAGUGAAAAAGAAAAGAAUAUGCAUAUAUAUAUAUAUAUAUAUAUAUAUAUAUAUAUAUAUAUAUAUAUAUAUAUAUAUAUAUAUAGAGAGAGAGAGAGAGAGAGAGAGAGAGAGAGAGAGAGAGAUUCUGGAACACAGGGGACCAUGUCAUGGUUGAGAAAGGACGGAAAAGAAGGAAAUGUAUACCGUGCCUUACUAGUUAUGGACAUUAGAAAGGAGGCUUGCAGCGAUUGUCAGAGUCUUUCGUAUUCUGGAAACAGUCAUUUUUAUCUUCCUUUAUUUGCUAGUUUAUAAUGUAUUUCUAUUCUAACACUGUAGUGAAGGUUGAAAGGAAUUGACGGUAAUGAUAAUAGUGAUGAUAAUGAUAAAGAUAAUGAUGAUAAUGACAUACAGGAUAUUCCUUUCUAAAUGCGAAAACAAAUUAAAGAAAUUAAAACAGUGUCAAGAAAUUUAAAGAAUGGUCAUGGUAAAAACAAUUUUGGUUAUUUUCGCCAGUCAGAUUUUUUCUGUAGGCGUGAAACCCUACUAAUGCAGAAUGCACUGUACGAAAAGUAAAAUGUAAAAUAUAUUUCGCCAGUAUUAAUUCUUGCUUGCUAGAAUGCAGAUAUAAAGAUUAACCGUCGAUAUUAUGCAUCCACUUAACCCAUAAUAAGCAUUUUCUUUAAUAUAUCUUUUACAGUGCAGAUGAUGCCAUACUGUCUUUACCUACCUUUAUGAAACGUUGGAGACAAUAAAUUUUUCUACAAACAAAAUGUAUCGAAGUUAAUUUCUUCAUCAAGUGAUAAUGAUGUCAAAUGAAAUAAUAGAAUAGGCGGUUAACCAAGCCGUAAAAUAUCGGGUAAAUAAAUCACUACUGUCAUUUUUUGUUUAAAAAAAGGUAUCUUCCCAUAGAAAAAAUAAAAUAAUGGUAACUCUUUCAAAUUGACAUAAGAAAGACAUAAAGAGACAUGCCCAAUUGUUUUUUUUUCUUCUUCAUCAAGGUUUAUUUCCGUUCUGCAUAGCAUUAUUUGAACAGUUCAAAUAAUGUUUGUCUUACUGCGUCCUCGCUUUGACAACGAAAGCGAAAACGAGGUAUAUGAAUGUGAUAAUUUUUUCCGCUUUGUUGAGGUAGAACUAUAAUAAAAAUUUCCUCAUUCAAAGAAAACGAAGCACAGAAACAAUGAUUAAUGAUGGUAUAGUUUACAAGGUGAAAGAAACAAGUGUUUAUGCAUAGAUUUUAAGAUAAGUAUAAGCAAAUUUGCACUAGAGUAUUAAUCAUGAAAUAACACAAUAAUACUUGUAAUGAGAAGUAAAAGUAUAGAACAUUUUUA